CGCUCCAUCGUCGCCCGCCCCGUUCUCCUCGCCCGCCCCGUUCUCCUCGCCCCCAACUCUAUCCUCCCCACCGACCCACCAUCACCCGACUGACUAAAACCCCAGACGUCUCGGAGGUUUCAGCAGCACGAGAACCACGGUGAUGGGGGCCAUGACAAUGGCGAGCAGCUCCCUGGUCCUCCGCCCGCGGGCGUCCUCGUCGUCGUUGCCGAAUCCACGUCGUGAGCCCACGCGCCGGGCGGCAUUGCCCGCCCCGCGGCGCCUACGGGCCACGGCCGCUGAAACUCCUACGCGGGAGGGGGGCCUCUCCGUGGUGGCUGGCGAGACGAGGGCGGCGACGACGACGACGCGGCCCUACUCGCUGGCGCCGUACCCGCUGCUGCUGGCGGCGCUGCUGCCCGGGGCGGAGCCCAUCAGCGCGGCGUUCGCGCCCUUCGUGGAGCUGGUCAGGACCUUCAGCCUCCCCGACUGGCUCGUGCACUGGGGACACCCCGGCAACAUGGCUGUGGUGCUGUUUGCAAUGGGUGGGUACGGGACAUACCUGGGGUUCAGGAUCAAGCUGUCUGACGACCCUGAGGAGAAGGCCAAGGCCAAGGACCUGCACCCCAAGCUCCUCGGCGGCAUGUUCUUCUUCUUCGCCCUCGGCGCCACCGGCGGGGUCACCGCCCUCCUCACCUCCGGCAAACCCAUCUUCGAAAGCCCUCACGCGGUCACCGGUGUCAUCGGCCUUGCGCUCCUCACCGUCCAGUCUCUCCUGCCAACAUUGUUUGAGGGGAACCCUGGGCUGAGAGGCGCGCACGGCCUACUUGGCAGCAGCAUCAUGACGCUCUUCCUUUUCCACGCCGCGUUUGGGCUGCAGCUCGGCCUCAGUUUUUAGUUGGUGGCUGGUGGAAUUAAUCUGGGGUUCGUCUCAAGUAGAAAAACAACCUCCCUUGUACUAUCACGACCGAGGCAGCCCUGUUACUAAAUCACAAUAAUGAAAGAGCAAGUGAAUUCAUCUCC